AUGGGAAACGAAGGCUGUGAAAUACCCGACAACGCCAAUGAACAUUGCCCAGGACCUCAGUCUGAAUCGGCUGGAAAAUCAGAUGCUUGUGAAGGAUGCCCUAAUCAGGAGGCUUGUGCUACUGCUCCGAAAGGACCCGACCCAGACCUACUCUCCAUAGUUGAAAGAAUGGCAACAGUGAAGCACAAAAUACUGGUUUUGUCCGGCAAAGGUGGUGUUGGCAAGAGUACAUUCUCAGCCCAGCUCGCGUUUGCCCUAGCAUCCAUGGAUUUCCAGGUUGGUCUCCUCGAUAUCGAUAUAUGCGGUCCAAGCAUCCCAAAAAUGUUGGGACUCGAAGGACAAGAGAUACACCAGAGCAACCUUGGGUGGUCCCCUGUUUAUGUUGAGUCGAACCUUGGGGUGAUGUCAAUCGGGUUCAUGCUCCCCCACCCUGACGAGGCUGUCAUAUGGCGAGGACCCCGAAAGAACGGAAUCAUAAAGCAAUUCCUCAAGGACGUAUAUUGGGGGGAACUUGACUUUCUUGUAGUUGAUGCUCCACCUGGCACCUCUGACGAGCAUAUUUCGAUCGUCCAAUUCCUCCAGGCGACCGGAAUAGACGGUGCCCUCAUAGUCACCACGCCACAGCAGGUAUCUCUUAUAGAUGUCCGAAAGGAAGUGAGUUUCUGCAAAAAGGUUGGGCUACCAGUUUUGGGGGUGGUCGAGAAUAUGAGCGGCUUGUGCCAGUCCUUGUCAGAGUUGAGAUUCAUGAGUGUUAACGAGACGGGCGAGCAGAAUGACAUGACUGAGUGGGUGCUCGAGUGCAUAAGAGAGAAAGCUCCGGGUAUGCUGAACCUGGUGGCAUUUAGUGAAGUUUUUGAUAGCAGUUCGGGUGGUGGUGCUAAAAUGUGUGGGGACAUGGGAGUCCCGUUCCUAGGGAAGGUGCCGUUGGACCCACAGCUGUGUAAGGCUGCCGAAGAAGGAAGGUCUUGCUUUGAUGAUAGUAAAUGCCGGGUGAGUGCACCAGCAUUAAGAGCGAUUAUUGAUAAGUUGUUGUCGCAACUUGGUGUAUCAAGAGUUGAGGUUGGGCCUUAA